UUGCAGGAACAGCCACAGGUCUUCAAAAGAUAACAUAGGCAACAGGCAAGAGGAGCAAAAAUCAAAAGCGGCUUUUCGAGCGGCAGAUACAUUGAAGCUUCCCAUGGGCCCGGAGAGCCGGCUUGAAGCUUUACGUAGUGGACUCAAAGAUGAUAUUUCUUCCUUUGGAUGUUGAGUUGAAGUUUUCAAGACUCUGUGCUGUAGAGAACUAAAGCUGAUGACCUGACAGAGGACUUGGAAAUCUCUCAGCUUUUCUGCACAUUCAGUGUCCGCACAUUGUUCUCAAUCUGUUUGAGUCAAUCACCAAACUCAGUGUGAGAGGCUCGACCAGAUAGGACCAGAGAUUUUAAUUCGUCACCAUAGCAGGCCGUGACAACUGAGGGACUUACUGACCCCACUGGACUGUAGUGGUCUCACCAUGGGGAAGACUGGGCAGAGUACAGUGGACCUAAACUCCCCAACAGAGGUCAAACAAGCCGUUCCCUUUGAGGAGCUGGACCCUGUGGUGCCCUCUGCCAAUAAAAACAAGAAGAAAGAAGAGCCACCUGACAGGGGAAGCUGGAAGGGGAAGUUUGAUUUCCUGCUGUCAUGUGUGGGAUACGCCAUUGGCCUGGGAAAUGUCUGGAGGUUCCCUUAUCUGUGUGGCAAGAACGGUGGAGGGGCCUUUCUGAUCCCGUACUUUUUGACCCUGGUGUUUGCUGGGAUACCUCUCUUCCUCUUGGAGACGGCUUUGGGACAGUUCACCUCAGUGGGAGGGCUGGGGGUGUGGAAGCUCAUCCCCAUGAUGAAAGGUGUUGGUUUAGCUGCAGUGGUUCUGUCCUUCUGGCUCAACAUCUACUAUAUUAUCAUCAUUGCCUGGGCACUCUACUACUUAUUCAACUCCUUUGGUUCGGAGCUGCCUUGGCAAAGCUGUGAUAACCCCUGGAACACAGAGAAAUGUUUUUGCAACUACACUCUAUCAGAUACCACCAACCUGACCAGUGCUGUCACCGAGUUCUGGGAGCGUAACAUGCACCAGUUGUCCAGUGGUCUGGAGGAGCCAGGAGAGGUCCGCUGGCCUUUAGUGGGCACUCUGGCACUGGCCUGGGUCCUUGUCUAUUUCUCAAUCUGGAAAGGAGUGGAGUGGACAGGAAAGGUGGUGUAUUUCUCAGCCACCUAUCCCUACGUCAUGCUGUUCAUCCUGUUUUUUCGCGGGGUCACUCUGCCUGGAGCCAUAGACGGGAUCCUCUUCUACAUCACUCCAGACUUCAAAAAGCUUAUCCGAUCUGAGGUGUGGCUGGAUGCAGCGACUCAAAUCUUCUUUUCCUACGGACUGGGCCUGGGCUCGCUCAUUGCCCUGGGGAGCUACAACCCUUACAACAACGAUGUGUACAGGGACUCCAUCAUAGUGUGCUGCAUUAACUCCUGCACCAGCAUGUUUGCUGGCUUUGUCAUCUUCUCCAUUGUAGGGUUCAUGUCCCAUAUCACUAAGAAACCUGUCCAGGAAUUAGCAGCUUCAGGUCCAGGUUUGGCGUUUUUAGCUUACCCUCAGGCCGUGACCCAGCUGCCCAUGUCCUCUCUGUGGGCCAUCCUCUUCUUCUCCAUGCUCAUGAUGCUGGGCCUGGACAGUCAGUUCUGCACAGUGGAAGGCUUCAUCACAGCUCUGAUGGAUGAAUAUCCCAUGGUGCUGAGGAAGAGGAAGAAGAUGUUCAUCCUCAUUGUCUGCUUCAUCUCCUUCAUCAUCGGCUUCUCCAAUGUCACACAGGGUGGUCUGUACGUGUUCAAGCUGUUUGAUUACUACUCGGCUAGCGGGAUGUGUCUUCUCUUCCUCGUCUUCUUCGAAACCAUUUCCAUAGCCUGGUUUUAUGGAGCUGAAAGAUUUUAUAAGAACAUUGAGGACAUGAUUGGCUAUAGGCCAUGUGGCUGGUGGAAGCUCUGUUGGAAGUACUUCACUCCACUGAUCUGCCUGGGGGUGUUUACCUUCAGUGCCUUUGAGAUGACCCCUCUGACGCUGGGGAAGUAUGUGUACCCGCUGUGGGGCCAACUGAUUGGCUGGUUCAUGGCUUUGUCUUCCAUGAUACUGAUCCCGGGCUAUUUCAUCUACAUGUUCUGCAUCACCAAGGGCAGCAUCAAACAGCGUUGGCGGAAGAUGACAACUUCCCAGGAGGAUGAAAAGCCAUCGGGGCAUGAAGAAUUUACACACAUGGGGAGCAUGGGCGAAGCUCCUGUCUAGCCAGGAUUGUUCAGUUCAAAACAAUUUCCCAUGUCUGCCUGGACGUACUAUAGUCAACACUGAAAUUUGACAUUUGGACAGAUGGAGCCUUGUGCUCCUUUUUUUCUGUGAUGUUUUCCUUUAUAUUAAAUUGUGCCGAAAAAUUCAUCUGAACAAUAGAGAUAUGAUGCAUAAACUCAGGAGUGACAUUGGAUAUUAAUGAACAUUCCCCCUGUCAAUGAUUGGCCGAAUUAAUGCAAUAAAAAUUGUGACCUUGCCCUUUUUCUGUUUUUUACCCAUUGUUUUUUAUGACCAUGCCUUUUAUCUGGUGGGGGGAGAGAGACACAAAACACAUUGUAGUUAAAAACCAAUGCCCAAGUCCUACAAAUCAGGAACUAUGUUAGAGGAAACAUUUCAAAUUUUGAAACUUAUAAUUCUUCGGAUGAACUUCAGUUCCUAUUGACAUGUGAAUCAAAAAGCUGGUCUUUAUGCUUGCAAAUGUGUCCGACUGCUCCAUCUCCACAGCACCUGAUGGCAUCCUGAGAGAAAGAAAUAGGAGUAGGAAUUUCUGAAUAUGUCUUCACAGCAUUUACAUGACAUGGCAUGAGUUAAUUCAGUAUAAAGUCCUACAUAGACUCCAUCAUUCAUGUGUUAAAUUGCACUUUUUCUAUCCGUCCUUAUCACUUGUAUUCAAUGCAAACAAUCUGAUGGUACGCUGGCUUGAAUGUUUUGAUUCUGCACCAGACUCAAGGUUUUGGUCAGAAGUGUUUCAUUGCUAAUCAGAUAUUAUUGGAUUUGAGGUCACAACUGCUGGAAACGCGAAGUCAUUGAAAAACUUUGUUGAUGCAGUACGGAAUGGUCAUUGCAAAGAAAAUCCUUCUCAAGGU